AGGUUGUGCAAGAUUGGUAGGAGUUGGUUUGAUGCAACGCUUUAAAAACCGUUGACAUUUUUACAGACGGACAUUUGGCAAGCCAUGUCAAGCCAGCUCGUAACCUGAACAUAUGCCGAGGUCACUUUUUACAAAGGAAUUGCAACCCUUGAUGGCACAACUUGACCUGAAGUGUGAGAAUGACAAGCAGGCCGUCCAGCCAGCGGCACAAGUCACGUGCCUAAGGCGGGCCAAGGCUCGCUUCUUGAAGGGGGUCUCCUAUUUCUCCGGAGAUAUGGCGAUUUUUGCAAAGUGGAUGGAAAAACAGUUUUUCUUGCUCCAGUUGCUGGACUGGGUCCUGCGUGGGGCCGCCCAGGUAAUGUUUGUUAACAACCCAUUGAGUGGCCUCAUUAUCUUUGCGGGCCUCAUCCUGCAGAACUACUGGUGGGCAUUGAACGGCUUUGUGGGGACUCUCUUUGCCACCAUUUCAGCCCUCAUUCUGCGGCAGAACAGAGGUGCAAUUGCUGCGGGACUGUAUGGCUACAAUGGUAUCCUCGUGGGCUUGUUGAUGGCUGUCUUCUCCAAUGCUGGAAACUGGUACUGGUGGCUCUUGCUGCCCAACAUCUUCUUGUCCAUGAUGUGCCCGGUCGUGUCCAGUGCCUUGGCAUCCAUUAACAGUCGUUGGGAUCUGCCAGUCUUCACGCUGCCAUUCAACAUUCUGGUGUGCCUCCACAUAGUGGCCACAGGUCACUACAACCACCACUUUCCUCAAGUCCUCAUCCAACCACGCACCGAGCUGCCUAAUAUCACCUGGGAGGAAAUCGACGUUGCCAAGCUGUUCAUGUCGGUGCCUGUGGGAGUUGGCCAGGUCUAUGGCUGUGACAACCCUUGGACAGGAGGCAUCUUCAUCAUCUCACUCUUUAUCUCCUCCCCCAUCACGUGCGCUCACGCUGUCCUCGGAUCGACAAUUGGCAUGCUUACAGGCCUGGCUUUGGCAGCUCCGUUUGGCGCAAUUUAUUUUGGACUGUGGGGAUACAACUGCGUGCUGGCAUGCAUUGCCAUUGGCGGAAUGUUUUAUGCGCUCACUUGGCAAGUGCAUCUGCUGGCUAUCACUUGCGGGUUUUUCUGUGCAUACAUGGGCUCUGCCAUCGCCAACAUCAUGUCAGUGUUUGGUCUCCCAGCCUGCACGUGGCCCUUCUGUCUCUCUGCGCUUACAUUUUUGCUCAUCACCACAGAAACCAAUAAGAUCUUUAAGCUGCCACUAGCCAAAGUCACCUACCCAGAGAAAAAUCUGUGCUAUUUCUGGAAAAUGAAGAAGCAGGAGAAGCAGGAGAAGAUAGAGGAAGAGCAGAAGAAAAAGGAGGAGCAGCAGAGAGCUAAUAUUGAUGAGAUAAUAUUGAAUGAGAAAGAAGAGCUGAGGCUCAACCUCAGUGCCAUGGAGGAAGCCAACAUGACACAAAUUGUCAUAGGGCCCCAAACAGAGACAGAGCCAAGUGACACUGGAGAGGAAACAACUACAGAGGACAACCAGACACAUGAAAUGCUUACAGAUUAUGUAUGAAAGAGAAAUAGAGUAGCAGAGAAAAAAUGAAACUUUGACAAAUUUGAUAUAUUUUUUUAUUCUACCAUGUUGUAUUCCAAAAUCCUCACCAAAUUUGAGCCUAACAACUCACUCUUUAGCAAUGUUGCCAAUUCCCUUAUUGGUGCCAAAAACAACAAGUUUUGUUAAAUAUCACUCUUACAAUCUCAUACUCAUCACUAGGAGUUCUGGUUUGACAAGCCUCACCAUGGUCGACCAAAGAAAUUGCGUGCAGACAGGACAAGUCUGAGUGUCGUCACCGUAUCACCAGCAUUGCCGCAAGGGUUGGAAUGGUUGCGGGGUCAGCCCAACAGUGCACAGUCGUUACAUUGCACACUGCAUGAAAUUAGUCUGCAUGGUUAUCAUCCCAGAAGGAAACCACCCGUAAAGACAAUGCAAGGCAAUGCAGGUUGCUGAAGAUAAGCAGACUAAGGAGUCAGACAUGUAUUACUGGAAUCAUGUCUCGUGGUUUGAUGAGAUAAACUUAUUUGGUCACGAUGCGGUACAGACGCAGCAACUGUGUUUAGCGGGUGGCGUGAUUAUUUGGCAUUGGAGUGGGGGCUACAGUAGAGCAUUGAAAGAACCAACCUGUGAAGUUCUCGCCCAAGACGGUUAAAGCGGACCUACGGAAAUCCCACAUUAGGCCUUGAUGGGGACAGGGAGCUACAUGGUAAAGUUUGAUGAAUAGCGGGUGUUCCCAUUUUUGUGUCUGUGACAUUUGAUUAUGAGUGAAGUAGGAUGUCAUUAUUAGACUCUCAUAUUGUCCUAGUUAACAUUGUAGAGAAUCACAUUUUGUGAUAAAUGUUGCCUACUC